AUGAAGUGGAUUGGGAGUCUGUGCUUUGUGACUUGGGCGCUCACAAUCACCUUGGCAGCAGAUACAUUCAAGGAGCGAGCAUUGCAACUAAUGUCUGUGACUCCACUAAUAGAUGGACACAAUGACCUGCCCUGGCAGAUGAGGAAACAAUUCAACAAUCGGCUUAAUUCGGUGAACCUGCACACACUCAACUCCACACACACCAACAUCCCUAAAAUCAAGGAGGGACGCCUGGCAGCACAGUUCUGGGCUGCCUAUGUUCCAUGUGAUACACAGUAUAAAGAUGCAGUUAGACAAACUCUGGAGCAGAUAGAUAUUGUCCACAGAAUGUGCAAGAAAUACCCAGAUGACUUCAUGUUUGCUGUUAGCAGUAAAGAUAUUGAGGAUGCUUUUGCCCAGAAGAAGACGGCCAGUCUGAUUGGGGUGGAAGGUGGACAUUCCAUAGAUAGCAGUAUGGGUACUCUGCGUACCAUGUACCAACUUGGCACCCGCUAUCUCACCCUCACUCACAGCUGCAACACACCUUGGGCUGACAACUGGCUCGUGGACACAGAUGCUGAAACACCAGAGCACAAUGGCCUAUCUGAUUUUGGCAAGAAAUUGAUCUGGGAGAUGAACCGCCUGGGCAUGCUGAUAGACCUGGCACAUGUGUCUGAAAACGUGAUGCGUCAGGUCCUGGAUCAUUCCAAAGCCCCUGUCAUCUUCAGUCAUUCCUCCGCUUAUACUGUGUGCAAUCAUAAAAGGAAUGUCCCUGAUGAUGUGCUCAAGAUUGUGCAAGAGAAAAAAGGAAUUGUCAUGGUGAACUUCUAUAAUGAUUAUGUUACCUGCAGUCAGACAGCUAGACUCAGUGAUGUGGCAGAUCACUUCGACCAUAUCAAGAAAGUAGCUGGCUCCAGUAUCAUUGGUUUCGGGGGAGAUUACGAUGGUGUGGCUAGAGUGCCAGAGGGUCUUGAGGACGUGUCCAAGUAUCCUGAUUUGGUGGCAGAGCUUCUGAGACGAAACUGGUCAGAUGUGGAGAUCAAACAGGCAUUGGGGGAGAACCUUUUGAGGGUGUUCAAAGAAGUGGAGAAGGUACGUGAUGGAUUAGCCAAUGAAGCACCAAAUGAUGAACCAAUUCCUCUGGAGCAAGUAGAAAACCCAUGUAGAACCAAUUAUGGCUACCCAGACUCAGAGAACUCUGGAGGCAUUUUGUCUUACAGCUCGAUGGUUCUAGCUUUUACUUUGAUCUUGGCUUCAUUUCUCAGUUAG